CAGCACUGAGCACUGCCUGUCAGCGCUGCUGUGCACGUUUUUUUUCUGAAAGCACUCCAAAGCAGCAGCUGAAAGAAAAUGUUGGGAGAAAAGAAACUUUGAAAGUGCAAAGAAUAGAUUUCAUUUUCUGAGAAGUCACAAUAUGACUAAAAAGGCUUGGUAUAUGGUGAGUCUCAAAAUGGACAAGCUGGAAACAGGUUGUGGAAUCAGAAGAAAUACCUUGGUUAGGUCUCAGCAAACAGGAACCACACCUCCAGGGCAACCAGCCCCGGCUCCUUCUGUGUCCGCAGCACCCAGCUGAGCAGAACUGGCAGCCACUGCACAAAUGGCUACCUGGGCCUGGGCAGACAAGCAGGUAGACCAGGUCUAACACAAUAAGAUCUGGAGAGUCUGUGAGGCUGAACAGAGAGGAAGGAGAAUCUGGCAUCAGAAAUGGAGUUUCCUAAAGGACCAUGACCAAAUGGGUAAGAGAAAGGAGCAGAAGCCAGUGCCAAACUGUAGGUCUGUGUUCUCAAGCAAAGUUCCCAACUCAACCAACCAAACUACUGGCAGCCAAAUGAAUACUGAGCUUGGCAGGGCUCUCGUAAAUAUGAUCUUCAGCAGUGCUGCAUGAAAGAGGAAACUUGAGGGUGAGCUCCAGCUUUCUUAGUGCUUCAGUAACAAUAUCACAGCAACAAAGCAAGUUCUUUCAAGGGUAAAAACAGAUCUGGUCCAACAAUGCUAUAACAGAUGAUCCUCUUCAUAGUUUGGGUGACUGUGCCAUAUACAGUCAACACUACAGAUCUCAUCCACCCUCCCAUGCAAAUCUGCAGCAAGGAUGCCACUAACAUCUGAAAAAAUGAGGUUACAGACAAAAGACCAGUUCUUCCUGAACUUUUUCUCCUGAAAAUAAACAAUAGAGGUCUGCUCUGAUGAGUCGCAACAUAAAAAACACACUUUCAGUUCUGGAAGCCAGCAUGACAAAAACACAGCACCUUGUUGCAUUUCAUGUAGUUAGACAAGGAUUCAUCAGCUUCUGUCAUCUGCAAGUUUAAAACCUGCUCUAAAGAAUAAUGCCUAGGCACAUGAGACAUGCUCUGUGCUUUUCACCACUCCCUGCUGAGGGAGGGAGACCAAAUAUUUUUCACACUGGCUUUCAUUUUUGUUUCUGUGGAUUUGCUGCUCUUCAAUUCCUUUCCCUUAUGCUUUUUUUUCUGGUUUAACUGAUGGAAACUCAUUGACAAGGAAGCAGGCUUUCACAUUUUGCUCUGAAGGCGUGUUGGCUCAGCAACCUGUCUUACACCCUCAGGAUUGUCAACCUUGAAUUUAACAGGUUCAUAGUCCCUAAAAACUGUGGUUGCCCAGGGAAACUAUCCUCAAGCUAAAUCAACACAACAAUACCAAAAACCUGUUCAGCUAGUGCAUCUUCAUUACACAGGUUGAAACUUUAUGGCCUGUUGUUCUGUAGGGAAAAAUCUGCAAGGAGCAGAGCAUGGAGAGGGUACACACAAAAUCUGUCCUUUAAGCUGUAUGUACCUUCUGCAGGAUCAUGCUCAGGCCUAAGUGGAGCUCAACACAGAAGCCAUUAGCAUUGCCUUGACAUAACAGGCUGCAAUCUCUCACCAGACUGAUGGAGAUGGGUGCAAUCACAGUUUGCAAUUAUAGCUAUUUGUUUUUAUAAUUAGACUUCAGCGGCAGAAGGCAGCUCAGCAAACAAGGUGACCACUGUGACCAGUGUGAUCACUGAUCCAAGUGGUCUCAGGCAAAAAAAAAAGUCACUGUAGCAAGAAGAGCCAGUCCCACCCCCUGAAGUCACGACUCCCAAGUGUUUCUCCUCUUGGCUUCCUCAACACAUUGACAACUGAAGGAUCAGGGCUUUCAAGAUGACUGCUAAGUUAACUAAAGAAGGAAGACCACAUCAUGGAACUAGCCCAGGUGAGAAGGGCUGAUUCCACUCUGUGCAGACAUGAGUGAUGAUGGAGAACUGAGUUCAGACAUACCAAAUGGGAACCAUCCUUUUAAAACUUCUUGUUCAGCUGAAAUGCUUUCUGCUCUCUCCUCUGAGCAGAAAGCUGUCCCAGGAACUCAUUUGUCUCCUGAAAGCAGGAGAGGAAAGAGCAGAUCAAGACUUUUCUUGUCCUUGUGCUGUCCAGAGCUUUUUCUGAAAACUGCACAGGCCACUCAGAGGUUAGACAUUUUCUGGUGAUUGCAUAACAGCAAGAGACAUUUCCCUUGCAUGCCUUACUCUGGGUCACAAACUUUAUACUGAGUGGUGGAUGCCCAGUAUCUGUCAGGCUCAAGCUCCUACUCAUGUAAGAACAUUUCAUUUGUAAACCUAGGGGAUUUUGUUUUUCAGCAUGAAAGCAUACAGAGCUGCAUGUUUCCUAACCUCCAGAUGGCACUCACUCUACAUCAAGUAAUCCACCAGAAAGGACACUAAGGCAGGGCUUAGUGCCUUUUUAAUUAUAUUGAAUAAUUCCAGAUUCUUGACUCUGUUUACUGUGUGUGAAUCCAGAGAAUCCUUCUCCCAGAGAGUUCUCGCAAACUGGAGGGCAAGAGGAUGGUCUAAGCAGUGCAUGAUUUAAUCCUCCCACUUCACUUAGAAGUAGCAUUGUUUCAACUGAAGCACUUCUGGCAAGACCUUUUGACAAGACCUUCCUCAUCUUACACUAAAGAUGUGGGCUACUAAUCAGAGUCUAGAGAAACAGCAAUGGCUACUGGAGUAUGGGAAGACAUGUCAUAUAAGGAAAAGUUAAAAAGACUGUUAAAAGUUUAACCUGAAGGGAAAAAAGCUGUUUUGGAAAGGGGAUAGCAGUCCUUAGAAAUGUGUGCAUUUCUGGAAUGAAAAAACAAUUUGCACUUCGAGGGAGUGUCAGGCAACAGCAAAAAAAAAGCUUAAGUUUUAGCAUGGAAGAAUCACAUCAACUUUUUGGGAAGCUAGUAGUAAGGAUAAUACAGCAUGAAAUAGAUUCCCUGAGGAAUCUCCACCUUUGAAGGUUAAACACACACAUCCAUCAUGAGGGAUGUAUUAAAUAGGGUUUGUCUUUUAUUGUACAAAUUGAAUGGCUGUCUGAAGAGCUUUUCACCAAUUGCAUGAUGAACCAGAGCUGCUGGGAACAGAACAUAUUUUGCAAAAAUAAAUUUUCAAAAACAUUCACAAA